UCUUCAACAGUGUCGAGUCAAAACGCUUUAAUUAGUUUCAUUUUCUCAAAUGGCUUCUUCAACAAUGGCUCUCUCCUCUCCUUCUCUUGCUGGCCAAGCUGUCAAGCUUAAUCCAUCUUCAUCUAACCUCCUCGGUGAGGGCCGAGUCACCAUGCGCAAAACCGCAGCCAAGUCCAAAAAUGUGUCGUCCAGUAGCCCGUGGUACGGUCCAGACCGUGCUAAAUACUUGGGACCAUUCUCCGGUGAGUCUCCUUCUUACCUAACUGGAGAAUUCCCUGGAGAUUACGGUUGGGACACUGCUAGACUUUCAGCCGACCCAGUAACCUUUGCCAAGAACCGUGAGCUUGAAGUCAUUCACUCGAGAUGGGCAAUGCUUGGCGCUCUGGGCUGCAUUUUCCCAGAACUCCCAUCCCGCAACGGAGUCAAGUUUGGCGAGGCCGUUUGGUUCAAGGCGGGAGCUCAAAUCUUCAGUGAAGGAGGGCUAGACUACUUGGGGAACCCAAGCUUAGUCCAUGCACAAAGCAUUUUGGCAAUUUGGGUCACAAAAGUUAUCUUAAUGGGAGCCGUGGAGGGCUACAGAGUUGCCGGUGGUCCACUCGGUGAGGUGACCGACCCGUUAUACCGCGGCGGGAGCUUUGACCCCUUAGGCCUUGCAGAGGAUCCGGAGGCUUUUUCCGAGCUUAAGGUGAAGGAGCUUAAGAAUGGAAGAUUGGGCAUGUUUUCUAUGUUUGGAUUUUUCGUACAAGCCAUCGUCACCGGAAAGGGACCAACAGAGAAUUUGGCUGACCACUUGGCUGACCCCGUUAACAACAAAGCUUGGUCAUAUGCCACAAACUUUGCUCCAGGGCAGUGAGGGUGACAUUCCCUCAAAUCCUGAGAGAGAAGCACUUUUACUAAUCGCUUUUUUAAGCUAAUUGUUUUGGCAAAUUGUCUGAAUUAAUUGGGAUUUUAUCAUUUUUUUUUUCUUGUGUGCUUAUGUUGAUACAACUUAGUGACCAACGCAAGGGAAUAUAUCAACAAUUGAGAUUAAAGUUUCAAGUAAAAGUUUGCUUUGCCCGUGAAUGUAUCACCGCCUAAUUAAUAUUUAUAUAAAAAUUAACACUGA